GUUCUGGCAAAAUCGAUGUGUCACAAAAAUGGUCAAGAGGCCACGCGAUAGGGACGAGCCCACCUUCCCAAUUCCCCCGCCGUACAGGCACUACCAGUAGGCGGGAAACAUAAACAGCAAAAAAGCUCUGAACUUCUCAAAAUCCAGUCGGCACACUCACCUGCUCGCAAGUCCCCGGCGGGAAAUGAAGGAAUCCAGCAGGGACUCUGCUCCUCUGUCGGUGGAUGAAAGAUACACUCAAUGGAAGUCUCUGGUCCCUGUCCUCUAUGACUGGCUCGCCAACCACAACCUCGUCUGGCCCUCGCUCUCAUGCCGAUGGGGUCCUCAACUAGAGCAAGCUACAUACAAGAACCGUCAACGUCUCUAUCUUUCUGAACAGACUGAUGGAAGUGUACCAAAUACUCUUGUUAUAGCAAAUUGUGAGGUUGUAAAACCUAGGGUUGCAGCAGCUGAGCAUAUAUCAGAGUUUAAUGAAGAAUCACGUUCUCCUUUUGUGAAAAAGUACAAAACUAUCAUACACCCUGGCGAGGUGAACAGAAUCAGGGAACUCCCUCAAGACAGCAAGAUAGUGGCCACCCACACGGAUAGUCCUGAGGUACUGAUAUGGAAUGUUGAAACUCAAGCUAAUCGCCAUGCUGUCCUGGGAGUUGCUCCUUCCCGCCCAGAUCUGACGCUGACUGGGCAUAAGGAUAAUGCUGAAUUUGCUCUGGCUAUGUGUCCAACUGAACCCUUCGUUCUUUCUGGAGGGAAGGACAAGUGUGUGAUCUUAUGGAGCAUUCAUGACCAUGUUGCAAGUUUAGCUGCUGAAGCAGCGUCUAAUGUUAAACAAGGCACUAAGGCUGGAGGGAAUGGUGAGAAAACAAUAGAAGGCCCUUCUAUUGGGCCACGGGGCAUAUACAAGGGACAUAAGGAAACUGUAGAGGAUGUACAAUUUUGCCCGUCAAGUGUGCACGAGUUCUGUAGUGUUGGUGAUGAUUCUUGCCUCAUACUCUGGGAUGCACGAUUGGGAUCCACUCCAGCAUUUAAAGUUGAGAAGGCGCAUAAUGGAGAUCUUCAUUGUGUUGACUGGAGUCCUCAUGAUAUCAAUUUUAUUCUGACUGGUUCGGCUGAUAAUACAGUUCAUAUGUUUGAUCGUCGGAAAUUUACUAACGGUGCAGCUGGGUCUCCAGUUUAUAAAUUUGAGGGUCAUGAUGCAGCUGUUCUCUGUGUGCAGUGGUGUCCUGACAAGUCAUCUGUAUUUGGAAGUGCUGCUGAAGAUGGCAUCGUAAACAUAUGGGAUCAUGAGAAGGUUGGUAAAAAGUCAGAUUCUGCUGGUCCAAAAGUACCCGACGCCCCUCCUGGUUUAUUCUUUCGACAUGCUGGGCAUAGGGACAAGGUUGUUGACUUCAACUGGAAUGCUUCUGACCCGUGGACCAUUGUUAGUGUCUCUGAUGAUUGUGGAAGUACUGGAGGUGGUGGUACCCUUCAGAUAUGGAGGAUGAUUGAUCUGAUUUAUCGACCAGAAGAUGAGGUUUUGGCUGAGCUGGAUAAGUACAGAUCCCAUAUUAUGGGAUGCAACAACACAUGACAUGUCUGGAAAUUCUCUAACUUUGAUGUAGUUUCAGGAAUUCACUGAAGGUUGUAACAUAGUGUUUUUUUUUUUGGGGGGGGGGGGGGGGAGAGGACGGUAGACCUCGACUUUCUCGUUCAUUCAUCGAAGUGUUUUCUAGCUUCCGUAAUCUUGUCAAAUGGUGAACAUUUCAUUUGGUUGAUAGUUUUGAAUCUUUGGUCUAAAAGCCUUCUCUUGUUGUGCCGAAGAAAAAGCGUUCGUUGUUCAUAAUGCAGUUAAUGCUGCUAUUUUGUUAAUCACUGUGUAUGCAAACAUAUUGUGAUAUUAAUCUGCCUUGUACAAGGCAGAUUAAGAACUUAUAUGGCAGUAGUUAAUGU